AUGUCAACAUACAUAAAAGGUCCUGUCUGUGGUACUGAUAACUGCAGAAGCAGAUUAUGGAGGAUAAUUGAUGGAAGAAGGACCUGCCAGUAUGGCCACGUGAUGGAAGGAGAUGUGGAGUACAAUGACGAUGAGGAUGAUGCUACUGCAAUGGGAAUCAUCACGAGAAGGUUGAACCUAUCUACAAAUGCUAUAGGGAACUUUCAAACCAGUCUGAGCCUUACAAAGUCUCAAACUCAGUCUCAGAUUCAAGAAGCUUCUCAGAAAUUGUACGGCUCUGCUGGUAAAACUCUGUUUCUGAAAUGUUUUCAGCAUAUAUUAAAAUUACAAUGCAAGUGGCUAAUAGAAACCCAUAAAUUCCCGCCAGAAUUCGAAAGUACAGUAAAGAUUAUUUGGAUGCUGUACUUAAAAAGUAUAAGUAGCCAUAAAUCGUCAUUAGAUCAACACGAAGAGCGAAGCCCAGAGAACGAUCAUGAUAAUGCUAGUAUCAUUAAUGAAGAAGUUCAUGACAGUCCAAUCGGCAGAACAGGAAGGCUUGGCCUAUCUAUGGUAUCAAGCAUUGCUAUUAUUUAUUUAGCAUCCGUUCACAUGGGCCUUCCUUCUUUUCCCAAUGAUAUUUUGCAAUGGAUUUGCUCCAUGAAUAUGCCGUACUUUGGGUCGUCACGCUAUAUUCCAUCAGUGUGGCACAAGCAGUUGCCAAACUACUACUUGCAGGUACUUGAAGGUGGAACUCCACCUCGAAAUGCCCAGCUAUAUCAUAAAAUCUCAUCAAUAUCAAGGGAGAUCAACUUUUGCGCGAAGUUCCAGCAUCGGAUUCCGUUCCGAUUAUUACUGUUCAAAGUACUUAUCUUGACAGCUCUUCCACCAGAAUUCUAUCUCUAUGCGUUAUCCCUAAUAAACAUUACAAAUGAUCAAGCAUCCUUCCACAUCGUAAGCCACGACGGUGCACGUUUUACCAGAUUGUACAUGUAUCCAGAGAUACGUGCUGUCUCCUACUUUAUUGUAGCCGUUGACUGGAUGUUACAACAACAGAAUCAUUACAGUAAGAAUUUCCUACAAUCUUGGCUACGGUAUAAAUCAGAUAAUCAAACACCGGGAAACACUUUUGAAAGAGAUAAAAAAUUGGUAUCCCUUUCCUACCAGAAUUCAUCACCGUCUCUGUACAAUUGGCUUCCAGAACAAACUUCAUCGUACCUAGACUGGAUUGAAAAGAAGUUCCUACCACACUACGAUGAGAAUUCCAACAGCCAUAUUCCACUAGAUCACAAGAUUGCGAGACGAAAACUAUACAAUAUUCUACCAAUAUCUAGACCGAUAGACACUUUAAAGGAAUCCACCGCUCCACAAAAUGUCGCGGCAGAUCCAGCUUCCAUUAACCCCACAGAAGCUUCGUUUAUUGAUAGAUUACAAGAGCUAUAUUUAGAUGUGGCCUUGUCUGAUGCACCAGCCGUAUGCAUAUCACGUGCCACACUAGUAGCGAAGGUCAAAUCGAAGCUAAUACACGACAUCGCUUUAGACUUUGGCAUCGGAUUCAAUCAGCUUUCUGAGGCUGUGCAAAGUAUCCAAAAACAUUGCAUCACUACAAUUCGUCGUUACAACAGCUAG